UCAAAGAAGAUGGAAAACAUGGUUGAAGAGAAUAAUAAUUAUUUGGAAACAACCAUGUUCUUUCAACCAGAUAGCUACUUGGAUGAGCCAAUUAUAUCGUCAUACUAUGAUUCAAGCUCGCCAGAAGGGGCACAAUCAUCGAAGAACAUUGUAUCAGAAAGGAUUAGGAGGAACAAACUCAAAGAAAAGUUAUUUGCACUUAGAGCUCAUGUUCCAAAAAUAACCAAGAUGGAUAAAGCCUCAAUAGUGAAAGAUGCAAUUGCCUAUAUUGAAGAAUUGCAAAAUCAAGAUAGGAGAAUUCAAGGAGAGAUAUCAGAGCUUGAAUCCGAAACCUCAAACAAGAAUAGUGCCCAUCUUCAACAUGAAACCUUUGAUUUUUCAAAGCCUAAAAGACCAACUACACUUGAUGAGCAGCAGUAUGGAUAUCAUUCUUCCCCUAUUGAUGUUCUUAAGUUGAGGAUAUCUUCAAUGAGAGAUAAGACAGUGGUGGUGAACCUCACUUGCAUCAAAAGAAGAGACACAAUGGUAAAACUUUGUGAUGUUUUUGAAUCUUUGAAUAUCAAAAUAAUUUCUGCAACUAUCUUUGCUUCCUCUGGGACACUUCUCCACACAGCUUUCAUUGAGGCUGAUGAGGAAGAGAGCAAUCUUUUGAAGUUGAGGAUUGAAACUGCUAUAGCUUCUCUAAAUAAUCGAGAUAGCCCUAUGAGUUCUUAGAACAACAAUUGCUUUGAUUCAACUAUGUUUCUCCUUCAUGAUAAUAAGGAUGUAUUUAUUCCAAGAGUGUUUUUUUCCUGGUUGAUCUUAAAGUUUGGUCACCUUUGAAUAGCUAUUAAUUUAUGUAGUUUGUAGUUGGUGUUUUUCACAUGAAAUUUCAGUCAAUGAAAGUCUACCUUUA